GGUGGGCCUCUGCCAGCUUUGUUUAAUACUGGUAUCUUAACCUGUGACCAAGUGAAUAUCAGAUCUGGAAAGAACAUUGCCAGCGUUUCUUCAUGAAGUCAGGUAUCACUCUGUUUGGGAUGGCGCCUAGAAAAGAACCGACCGACGAUAAGAAGAAUGACGAUGCAGGGUCUGCCGAUGAAAAGAAUAAAAGGCGGCAAAGACGACAACGAACACACUUCACAAGCCAACAGCUACAAGAGCUGGAGGCCAUGUUUGCUAGGAACAGGUACCCGGAUCUGGCCACCAGGGAGGAGAUCUCGGCCUGGACCAAUCUCACAGAGGCAAGGGUUCGGGUCUGGUUUAAAAACAGACGCGCCAAAUGGAGAAAGAGGGAACGAAACAUGGAACCUUUCAAACAUGGAUUUGGUCCUCAUUUUAACGGGCUUGUGCAACCAUUCGACAAUGGACUAUACGGGGGGUAUCCAUCUUACAACAACUGGCCGGCUAAGGACCCCUCACCUCUAGGGGCGAAAGGCUUCCCCUGGGGCCUGAACUCCGUGAAUCACCUGUCAUCAGUGGUCACCAGUCAGCCCGUGUGCUUCCCCACCCCGAGCAAUAGUAUUAGUUCCAAUAGUAUGGUGGGCUCGAUGAACGUACCCAGUGUGCCCGCUAUGACCAGUAACAUGAGCAGUCCGGCGCCAUGCCCAUACGCGCCCACCGCCUCCCCAUACAUCUAUAACAGAGACCAAUGCUCAAACAGUAUCGAAUCUCUCCGACUUAAAGCCAAGCAACAUUCGACAUCUCUAGGAUUUGGAGGUGUCCCACCACGACAACCCACUCUAUCCGCCUGUCAGUAUGCAUCUAUUGGGAACGGCGGGCCUGUCUAACGUCGGCCGGGCUGCUAAUCCCGUUCACGCCAUCCAUCGACCAUUAUUACCAGUCAACAUAUAAAUCUGCAUAAUACUGAGGUUGUCAUCGCUAGAUCAGCUGUGCAGUGUAUGUGAGAUGUGGUCGCCACUUGCCCCUAAACGGACGACAAAAAGUCGUUCCGGCCUAAGCAGUUUUGGAGCAUUUAAAAAAAAAAUCAAAAAUGGUUCAAAACCUGAAUCUUGGGAUUCCUUGACCACUACAUUUAUGGUCAAAUGACCUUACCGAGAGAUUUUACCUGACCCUGUAUAUACAUAUAUGUAAAGACUUAUCUCCCUUUCAAUGGUUGUUAAUACUGCCCACCAGGACAUGAGCUGGAACAAGCUAUAACAGCUAAAACUAUGUGUGGUCCACAUGCGCCACUGUUUCGUAUUUAAACUUUCUAGUCUACCUCGACUCUGUGAUGACAUCGGAUCAGCCUAGUCGUUUAGUUGCAACCAGGUCUUGUCACAAUAAAACUUUGUCUCCUGGUGUUUGUUAGUGUAGUGAACUAGUGACAAUUUUAGCCAUAGACAAUUCAUCGGUCGCCUCAUGACGUCAUUCACAACUUGCGUCAUAAAAGACAUCAGCUUUAGCACGUGGACAGCCUGCUUAUUUCCCAUUUCCGAUAACAGGUUGCUUCCGCUCAAGAACCUUUCAACUUACAGGAUAAUCCAUUUCUGACGAUCCAAGUAACUUUGGUGAUACUGUUUGCCGGCAAACUUGCCUUUGACCUUGACCUUGACCUUAGUCUUCCAGUCGUUCCUCCAUCAUGCUGUUAUCACGUGCCAUCCAUAGAUACAUCCUUGGCAAAGAGCGAAUGAACUGAGAUGUUUGGGGGAAAUUGCUUUCAAGUUAUAUCAGUAUUAUAUAAUCCACGUCAAAAUGGGAUGUGAAUUGUUCUACGCAUAGAUUAUACGGCAUGUACUAUUUAUGCCAAGACCACUUCAUUCGUAAGACAUGUAUGUAGGUUAAUGGGACCAGGUGAAUGAGGUUAAUUUCUAUAGGUGUUGAUUGUAAAUGUUUUCUUUGAUGACUGGAUGACUGGAAAUUUCUGCCUGUAUAUAAAUCAUACUGUCAUAAGCUGCCAACUUUAUAACUUGAGAAGGUUAUAAUUUAUAAUUAAGGAAUAAAAUGCU